AAAGGUGUCAAUUUAGAGAGAAAAGCGAGAAAAAGGCACAGAAUUUGAGGCCUCAAUGAAACACUACUCGAGAGAAACGAUAGAAAGAAAUAUUUGUUGAGAAGUGAUAACAAAACUGAUUACAAGACUUGACUUCAUAUUAGUUGCGAUUGUGGUGUGAAUUGGAGACAAUUGGAGACAAUGGCCAACACAGCGGUCGCGGGAAGGAUCCCAAAGCCCGUACUUCGCGGUCACGCCCAACGGUAUGUGCGAAGACAUCUGUUUGCGGCCAUCGGACUGUCCUUCGCGGGUGCCAUCGCCUGGAAGUACUUAGUGGCCGAACCACGCAAACGAAGAUAUGCUGAGUUCUAUAAGAAUUAUGACGUCGAGAAGGAAGAGAAGCGACUCAUAAGUCUUGGUCUUUACGACAAUCCCUUUCCCGAUGACUAAAGAGACCAUCGCUUCCAACCAAUUGAUUAUAAUUAUAGUUAUGUUUAGAUUUAUGUUUCAAAUAUAAUGGCAUUGCUUUCGAGUCAAAUAUGCCUCUAAUUGCCAUUUAAUGUAGUAUUGAGUUGAAGUAUAAUUUAAUAUUUAAUAAAAUGAUUUAGAUUUGGCA